AUGACCUGGAUGCGUCCACUUUCCGAUCCCCACAGCCGGGACCUAGAGGGAGACUUCCUACUAGAUGGAAAGGAUCUUGACUCCGUCACAGACAAGACCCUGGCAAUACUUCUUGAAUCUGCCCCUGUUCUCCACCGGCUUGGCGCCACAAAAGUUGUGCGGCUCUCACGAAAUCUGGUAAUGAAAGGCGGCGGUAGCGUCCUGCCUUGCGAAGCAAAGACACUCAAUCUCGUCGCCUCCAGAACCGGCAUUCGAGCUCCACGAGUCCACCGUUCAUUUCAAGUCGAAGACGACACGCAAUAUUUUGGUACGAAGGGAUAUAUCGUGAUGGAUUUUAUCCCAGGCCAACCUCUCGAUAAGUGUUGGGCCGACCUAACAUCCGACAACCAAAGGCAAAUCGCUAUACAGAUUGCGGAAAUGAUCAAAGAAAUGCAGUCUGUUGUAAUCUCACAGCCAGGUCCUCUUGGGGGCGGGCCAUUUUGUGGCCGAUUCUUCACAGAUUAUAGCGCCGGUCCGUUUAAGGACAGUGCUGAACUUCAAGGUUGGUUCAACCACAAGCUUGAUAUCUGUAAGCAUGUGAACCAAUGUCCCAAAGAUAUCCCGCCAUUUCAAUUUACCACCUUUGUUCUCACUCAUCAGGACAUAAGUCCUCGAAACUUGAUCUUAGACCAGAAUGGGGAGGUAUGGCUGGUUGACUGGGCGUUUGCCGGUGCAUAUCCCCCUGCCUUUGAAAGUGCUGCGCUAUUAGCUCAGCAGUUCUUUACUGGCUUUAAUGAAGCAGUCUUUUCUCUUAUCCCACGCUUCCCUGAGGAAGAACGACAACUUGAUUCCAUUACAUAUGGCCAAGCCCUGCCGCACACAAACCAUCCACACUCGAAGGUCGAUAACUUCAUCCGUCCAUCCAACAAGCUCGCCGUCGCGAUCAACCCUUCAAGAUGCCGGUAUGUUAGCACCCUGUUCCCGCCAUUCUCGAAAAAUACAUUCGCCAUCGUCGCCGUCUCCCACCCCAGUCAGACCUCUGAAAAAUCGAGAAACAAAAUCUUAACCCGUCAUUUUCCACACAGAGCCACAAGACCUUCCGCACCAAGCAAAAGCUUGCCAAAGCUCAGCGUCAGAACCGCCCCAUCCCCCCAGUGGAUCCGUCUGCGCACCAACAACACCAUCAGAUACAACGCCAAGCGCCGUCACUGGCGUAAGUCGACCCUGAAGGUCUAAGCGGACCCUCAGUAUUCGCACCCUCCGCCCGGCCAUUCUCAAAAGCCCCAAUUCAGCUCGCGAUGUCAUAUGGCAACCGAAGUGUGUCUGUGCGGGGUGGUUCAAGGGUUUUUGAUGAUUUCGAAACCCUCUUCAUGAUGUGACGCCCACAACCGAAUUUCGAACAACAUGCCUUGACCAUGAACUUGAGAGCGCUAGUGGAUGUGGAACUACUCUUGAGUGCAAUUGCAAACAAAAAAAUUCAAUUAUCAAAUCUUGAUCCGGGUCUUGCUUUGGGUCGUGCCUAUCUUUUUUUUUUUCUUAAUCUUCCAAUGGGUCGUCAUUUUUUUCCUCCACGGUUCCGAGUGGGGGGAUAUGAUGGAU